GAACUAAGAUGGGAAACCAGAGGAACAAGCGUGUGCCCAAGCGUGUGCCCAAGCGUGCGAAGAAGCAGACAGAUGUAGAAAUGGAGGUUGCAGAUGAAGAGCAAUUCAUCGAACAUAUAACAACCAGAGCAGUCUCAGAUGAAAUGGUGGAAGAAGCACAGGAGUUGGGGGAGGAGAAUCAGAAUGAAAUGGAGGAAGAAGCACAGGAGUUGGGAGAGGAGAAUCAGAAUGAAAUGGAGGAAGAAGCACAGGAGUUGGGAGAGGAGAUUCAGAAUGAAAUGGAGGAAGAAGCACAAGACUUGGGGGAGGAGAAUCAGAACGAAAUGGAGGAAGAAGAGGAAGCUGUUGCUGGAGCUGAUGGAGUGCAGACUCAGACUGACACAGCUAGUACAUCACAACGUAAAAGACGUCGAGGACCUACAAAGAUGAAACACAUUGCCAAGGAUCCAAAUGAACGGCAACAUGUCGACUUCACAGAUAUGGGGGAUCCCUGUGGUCCAGGUUCAGUAUUGUUAUCCUCUUACUUGGGUCCCUUAGUACGUGAACAUGUGCCGGUGAUCAUUGAUAACUGGAGACAAGUCAGUGAAGAAAUCAAGACUGUUCUUUGGAAAUCUAUUGAGAUGAGGUUUGAUUUGGACGAAGACUUCAAAAAGGUUGCUGUGUUUAAACAGAUGGGAUGUUUGUGGAGAGCAUCCAAAUCACGUCUGGUAACAUCUGUUAGGAAAGCUCCAACUAUUAAAGCUAGGAUGAGCCUGCAACCAAACAAUGUAACUACAGCUGAAUGGCGUAAAUUUGUCAGAGAUAAGACCAGUCAAGCCUUUAAGGUUGUCAGCGACUCUUACAAAGAAAGAAGACAGAAGCAGAUUCCUCACACCUGCGGCCGUAAAGGCAUGGUCAGGCUGAGAGAAGAUUUGGUCAAGUCUAGCGAAGAUCCAUCAAAAGUGUCGAGGCUACGAGUUUGGGUGAAAUCACGAACAAAGAAGGAUGGUACUCCUGUCAAUGUUAAUGCAGCUGAAAAGAUUAAAAAGGCAUCAGAGAUCGAACUUGAGGGUCAUGCCGAUUCAACGACAACGAAUCCAAAGCAUGAUAUGCUAUCUCAGAUAUUGGGACCUGAUCAACCUGGGCGGUUGCGGGCGAUGGGCAGAGGCAUUAGCAUGACCAAAUUGAAUUGUUUACAGGUUAAGGACAGCUAUAUCGCUGCAAUGGAACAAAAACAGGUGUACAUGCAGGAACAGGUUAAUGAUUUACAGAAGGCCCUUCGCAGAAUGAAUAAUCAGGGACCUGCAACUGAUGUCAGUGAAAACCAGAGUGUAAAUAAUACCAGAUCACUUCCCAAGUGUUAUCUGGUUGACUGGGCUUCUGUCGAUGUGAAAGUUGCUGAGGGAAGGGUGGUUUCAGCUGAAGCUGAUGAGUUAGUUAAUGGGAUUCCUUUAGGGCCUCACGCGGUGAAGGUUUUAGUUGAAACUGCAAUAAAAGCAGACACCUUUUUAUGGCGCCCUGCACAGAAUAUGUUUACUUUGGAGGAUGCAGUUGGCGAAAUGAUUGCAUGGCAUUCUGAUCACUGUAUUGUUGCAACAGCAGGUCUCAUUCCAGAGGACAAUGCUCCUAACAGCCCCUUCACAGGUUCAGUUAACAAAUGCAAACUCAUGGACUAUAUAAAGAAGGAGGAAGUGGUUGCUGUAGGCCGAUGGCAGACAAAAGAACCAAAAUCAUUGGUCAAUGGACUCCCUCUUGGUCCUAAUGCAGUAAAAGUUUAUGUUGAUGAGGUCCUAAACCCAACGGCAUACAUAUGGAGGCCUACUGUAGGAAAGACAACUAUGGAGGAUUUUAUGAACUGUUAUGUAGCAUGGCCUGCAAAUUGCGUUGUGUUUGAAUCGGAUAUGACAGAUUCUCCUCGUCGUCAACAAUCAGAUUCUAAAGCAGUGAGUUCAUCUUCUAAGAAUCAGAAGUCUCCAUUAACACCACCAGCUCCUAAGAAACCAUUUACUCCAGCAUCUCCUCUACGCAGAUCUGAGCGUAACAAAUUCAAGCCAAAUCAAAAAAUCCAGCUGCUGGAUAUAUCUGGAAACAAUGUCGUCGUCGCUGAAGGACGAUGGUCUUCGAGUAAUCCUGAGCAUCUUGUCCACUUUCAGGCAUUGGGGCUUGGUGCUUGUAGAGUCUUUGUGGAUGUUGUCAAGGUGAAAGAUGCAGCUGUGUGGAGGACUUCGUCGGAGAUCGAGUAUAUGGAAGAUGCACUAGGCAGCUGUCUUGCUUGGCCAGAGGAUAAAAUUAUAACGGUUUGACAAAAGACCAAAAGGAGCAUGGUGACUUGGUGUUUCCUGUUUAGUUAAGUUCUUGUUCUUUGCUGUUUCAGAACAUGGCUUUGUAUUUCAAUGACUCGUGUGUUUCUCUUUUUCAUGUACUCGGUUGAAAAAUUUAAUCUAUGUAUGGUUUGGAUGAUUUUACUAAAUUAAGACUU